UCAUACGCGAAACAGGCGCUACGUGAUAUAUCUCGCUAUGGUGCUGAUACUCGGAUCUGGAUUUAUAUUCGAGAUGUUGGGUGUAAUUGAAGUCAGGCACGAUUCCUUUGAAGUGAUUGAUGCUGUACCGUUGUUUAGCUUCGCAAUAGUGACUAUAAGUAAAACAUUCUGCGUGAUAUAUACAUUACCGAAGAUUAAAGUGCUUCUUAUAAAGAUGCAAGAGUACUGUCUUUCCCCAAAAUCGGACGAGGAGACUAAGAUACAGAAUUCGCACGCGCAAUAUGGGCGAAAGUUAGGCUACGCUUACACGGGUUUCUUACUAGGUCACAGUGUCCUUUAUCAGUUUUCGACAUUACUGACAAGAUUUCUCUACACGAAAUCCAAGGAGGCUGAUGGGCUAUCAAAUAACGUUCAAAUAGGACUGCCUCAUCGCGUUAAUUAUAUGGUUGAUAUAGACACAUAUUACAUUCCAAUUUUUAUACACAGCGCCAUUUGUGAUUUUUCUUACACGGUCUUACUCGUUGUAUUCGACGUUCUGUAUCUAACACUGGUUGAAUACUGCUGCGGUUUGUACGCGGCUUUGAGAUAUCGGCUGGAAACUGCCUUAGUUUUUGAAAAUGAUAGAACGACAUUGGUGGCUACGAAAGAUAAAUCUUAUGCGAAUAUCGCGUACAGUAUUCGCAGACACACAGAAACGAUGCAAUUUGUUGCCAGCAUAGAGUCAUUAUACAGCUUACCUCUUCUCAUACAUAUUGGACUGACCGUACUUAUUUUAAGUGUCCUAGGAUAUCAGGUGAUAACCAACACGGAAAAUGUUAAUGGCAUUUUAAAACCCAUCGCUUAUCUAAACGGACUUGUAAUUAACGUUUUCUUUGAAAACUGGCAGGGUCAGAAAAUUAUAGAUUCCAGCGAGAAAGUGUUUGAAUCUGCAUAUAAUUCAGAAUGGUACAGUAUGCCGGUAGCAUCGAGAAAGCUUCUUAUAAUGAUGAUGAUGAGAAGUGAAAGACCAUCGAUACUAAGAAUGGGCAAAUUUGUUGUGUUGUCAUAUGUCACUUUUAAUACGGUAUUGCGCACAUCUUCGUCGUACUUUAUGCUACUGCGAUCUUUGUAAUACAAAUUAUGAACAUAAUUAAUAAUAUUUAGAUUUGCAUAUUAUCAUUUAUCACACGCUAGUAACAUAAACGAGAUCUUGUUAGAUUGCACGUUCAUAAGCUAACUUUCCUUCCAGUGCCUUUUCUGUAGAUAAUUAAA